AUGAUGAUGAAGUUGUUUAGCUCACAGAGAAAGUCUUCUGUAUUUCUUGAAGUGGUAGCAAACCAAAUUGAGCAACAUGUAGAAGAUAUACAAGCUAACAAUCAACAACAACAUCCAGAAACAGAAGGAUGUGAUCAAAUAGGCGACGUUAAUCGUGAUGAUAUUGAGGUUGGUGUUAGUUGGAAUCCUUAUCAAGAUUGGACACAUGACGAAAGAGAUAUAGCUGAAGGAUGUUAUCAAAUGGGCGACUUACCAACAAAUGAUUUUCGUUCUGGCGGAGAAGAUGAAUAUCAUGCUCAUGACGAUGGUGGUAUCGAUUAUAAUUGUGUCAAUAAUAUUGAUGGUCCCGAAGAAGGUGUCGAUAACACAGGGAUUGGUCCAUCAGGGUUAGUGCAUGAAACUUCAACACAUCAUGGUUCAAAUCCUUUUUUUGGUGUUCCAGAGCCAUAUAGAGAUAUAGAAAAUGAAGUAAGUCAAAUUCAUUUAGUUGCACCACGUGAUGGCAGAUUCAAAAUCACAGAUCAAUUCGCUUCUAAACAAGUUUUAAUUGACACCAUAUGUAGGGAUGCAUUGGAAAAUGGUUAUCAAUUCAAAGUAUCAAGUUCUAAUAAAAAGAGAUGGGAUAUAAAGUGUUUGCAUGAAGGGUGUAAAUGGAAAGCAGGAGCUGGGAAGUUAAGUAACAGUGAUGUUUUUGUGUUAAAGAAGUUUGGAACACAUACUUGUCCUCGUGAUAUAAUUAGACCUCAUCAUAGACAAGCGGGUAAAAGGGCAAUGGGAAAAAUAUUACAGUCAUUGUUUACUGCAGGUGACCGUGCUUGGCGUGCUAAGAAUUGGGCUUUAAAUGAGAUAAGAGGUUCGCCAGAGGAGUCAUUCAAACUAUUACCGAUAUUCUGUCAUAACCUUGAACAACGAAACCCUGGCACCAUUACACAAAUAGACACGGAUGAAGAUCAUCGAUUUCAUUUUGUCUUUAUGGCUUUAGGAUGUUCAAUUAGGGCAUUUCGUGAUUUUUGUCGUCCGGUCAUCUGUAUUGAUGGAGCAUUCUUGAAAGGUCGAUAUUGGGGUACACUUUUUAUUGCAGUGGGUAAGGAUGGAAAUAAUCAAAUUUUUCCAUUAGCGUUUGACAUUGGAGGAAAAGAGGAAACAAUAACUUGGAGCCCGUUCCUUCGAGCUUUAUAUCGGUGUAUUGGAGAUAUCCCUAAUUUAGCAAUUAUUUCAGAUAGACACAAUGCUAUAAUUCGUUGUGUGAGAGAAGUAUUUCCGAAUGCACAUCAUGGGUGGUGCAACCAUCAUAUCAAAGGAAAUAUGCGAAGUCGGUAUAAACAAACAAAACAUAUUGAAGGAUUAUUUUGGCGAGCUGCGAAAGCAUAUCGAAUAGAAGAUUUUCAGGAGGCUUUGCGGAUGAUCAGAGCUGAAAAUCCAACCGCAACAGCUUAUCUGGAAGGUAUUGACUAUCAACGAUGGGCUCGUGCAUACUUUCCUGGCAUUCGAUAUAAUAUCAUGACUACAAAUAUUGCUGAGUCGUUUAAUGCCUUGGCACGACAAACGCGAAAAUUGCCAGUGAUGAUGCUUCUGGAAUUUUUGCGCUCAACUUUACAAAAAUGGUUUUAUACUCGACGUAAUAUGGCAGGUGCUUGUACUCAUUCUCUAACUCCAUGGGCUGAAGAGAAGAUGGCCAGUCAUAUCCAAAAGUCUGCUAAUAUGGUUGUCAAGCCGAUAACAAUUGAUCGAUAUGAAGUACAUGCUCCGAGUAAACCUGUUGCUAUAGUUGAUCUUGCUAAAAAAGAGUGUACAUGCAGAAAAUUUCAACUAUCACAAAUAGCAUGUACACACGUUGCAGCAAUCGCCAGAUUUCAAAAACUUUCGCACUGUUAUCCAUGGGUGAAUAAGUAUUACUCAGCUGAAUAUUGGCGAGCAGUAUAUAGAGAAAAUGUUGAACCAUUGGGUGAUCCAUCAGAAUGGGUGCAAUAA